AUGGACGAUGCACAGGGCUUUCUGACUCAUAUUAAUACAAGAGGUAUCGUUAUCAUCGAGGCAGAUAAUCCUGCACUGGGGCUGGUUGCCUUUGUCGCUGUCGGUAUGCACGAAGCUUCAUCCUGUGUUAUUGAUCCAGCCAUUGCCUCGGGGGAAAAGGCCCAUGUGAAGAAGGGCGAGGAGAUUGGCAUGUUCCACUAUGGCGGCUCUUCCUACUGCAUCAUAUUCCAGCGCAAAGCCCGUUUGAAAUGGAUCGAUGCAGCAGUGGCACAUAAUGGGCAGUUGAAAAAUCUGGCACUGAACAGUGCUUUGGCGUAUGUUUGGUCGUAA